AUGCUGGCAUUGCCAGCGUGGCAGCCAGCGCCCCCGGACAAGGAGGAGAAUGCCGACAAUCCUGUGACCGUCGAAGACGAUCCUAUUGGAGCCACAAUCUCAGGAGGGGCCGUGGUGAACGACGAUGUCAAACUGGAUGCCAUAGCGGCUGACAUCCCACACGAGGACAACAUUGUCAAGCAGCUCCUGGAGGAGUACACCACCAUUGAGGAGAACAUGGAGGCCGAGAUGCACAUCACACCGAUGCGCACUCAGCCAGUCUCUGCUGUCUCCAAGGAGCCGGUCGCUGCCAAGGCAGAAGAUGCAGUGCCACAGCCUGUUGAGGUGGCCGCAGCCGUCAAGAAAGUCCAGCAGAGCAUCCAUGAGGAAAUGCUCAUCACCCCACAGCGCAUCGAGACUGCCCCCGCACAGUCCGUUGUGGCCACGGAGAACGCAGUGCCUGAAGCAGAGCCCAAGCCUGCAACCCCACAUGUGCCCACGCCUGUCGCUGAGGUGGUGGUCAAUGCCAUUGCUCUCACUGAGACUGUCACAGACAAGGAAGGGGACGGAGACGAGGCGAUGCUGACCACUGAGAAGGAUGAUGAGCGCUGGCAGAUGGACGGGUCACCAUACAUCAGUGAGACAGUCCCGGUGGCUGCAAAACCUGUGGCGAAGGCAUCCAAGCACGCUGUCAAAUCCGCGAUCAAGCCCACCACGCCAUUUGAUCCCAGGUCGCUGCGCCAGAUCAAGCAGGAGCUGAAGGCAGCGGCCGCCAAGCCAAAGGUGCUGCCUGGCCUUUCCAGCGACAGCAAGGCCAGCGACACAACCAUGUACACUGGCGCCGUCUGCGUGGCAGAUGCUGAAGAGUCGGAGGAGGCCAGCUCUGCUCUCUGCAAGGCGCUUGACGACCUGCUGAUUGCUCCCAAGGCAAGCACCAGCAUCCCUAGUACAGAACCUGUGGAGUCGAAGGAGCCUCUGCGCGGCAUUCCCGUUGCUGCCGGCCGCCACAUGCACUUCACUGAGGAGGGUGAGGCCGUGGAGAGCCCCAGCGCCGGUCGCACUCUGCUGCGCGGCUUCCCGGCACCUGCAGGCUCACACCUGCGCUUUGAGGAUUAGAGCACCAAAUGAGCGCCUUUGAUUUUAUGAGGCUCUUGCUCAGUGCAAGUUGCAUUGGCGGCUGCAUCAGUGGGAGAAAACUUCAAUCACCGCUGCAACAUCUUAUUAAGUGAUUUAGAGCAGAUUUGUCGUGGGGAGAAUUAACUGCUUGCAUGCAGAUCAGUGAUUUGCAUUAGAGUCCGUGACUUGUGAAUGCUCUUAGACAUGCUGCUAGCCUACGCCUUGUAGGGAACACAUAAUUGGAAAGUGCUGGGGCUGCAAGAAGCCAGGCUUGUCAUUUUAUGCACUGUAGCACAGUGUCCAUACUGAUGCAGGGUGAUUCCUGCAGCAUAUAGGAAGCUCACUCAAAUUCAGACCUCUCAAGACUGGGUUAUAUAAAUACAUUGAAAUAUUUUCAAGUGA